GAUUAGAACUUUCAAACUCCUGAAUAACAAGUUGGAAGAACUUCUAAGAAUGUACUCCGUAGGGAAUAACUCAAAUCAUAUGCUAGGUAAUAAUAGAACUAAAGCAUUACAUAAUUCUAGUUGAACCACGUCAAUCAACCCCCCAACCACCAUUCAAUACAACAACCCUUCUUCAGCCCCCUUUCUGUUUUAGCCACAUGUUAGUCUACCAACCACUGUGGUCUGUGUCCCAAGAGUCGUUGUCCAACCUUAAAUAGUAGGAUGCUGACUGAAGUUAAUACAAAUAUCUAUUGUAAGGUCCCCAAAUCAUUAUGAUGGUAGAUACACUUAGUGACUAACCCUAAUUUAACCCACUCACUCCGUCUUUAUUUGUUUGCUCCAUUAUAAAAGGGGUUAUUAAAGGCCACAAUGGAGUUACUAAUGCCGUGGUAUUAAUUAACCUCUCCACCCUUAUAAAUUUAAUCUUUACCCUCACCCAAUUUUCUCACCACCCAUGCCCUCUCCACCACCAUAAAACCUUAAACACCAUAGGCACACUACUGUGAAUCCGUCCUCCGACCUACACCACCAAUUUCGCUGGAAAACACCUAUAGCAUCACCAAUUGCACCAAUUCUGCCGGAACCAGCCACCUGUCGCACCAAUUCUGCCAGAAUCAGCCACCUAUCGCACCAAAUCUGCCGGAAAAAACAAUAGGUGGACGACAAUGGAAUCGCGGCGUGGGAAGGUGGUUCGUUUGCCGGGAAACCUAGGGAAAUCGCCGGCGAAUUCGACUGCCGCGACACACUCGAGCUCGAAACAUCGAUGCCUCUGUUAGGAGAGAGAAGGAUGUUGCACGAUUGGGAAAGACUGUUGUUCACUGUGCUUCUGAUGAUGCAUCUGUUCCUUUUGACAACGAUCCUGAUGACGGACGAGCUAGCGAGUCUGAGGAGAUGGCGACAGAGGAGUUUGAGGGUUAUUUUCAUCAGAGUGGUGGGCAUGAUGACACAUCAGGUGUAGUAGUAGCUAGAAGGGGUAGUGAUGGUAGGUUUGUCACUUCUGAUACCGGGAGCACCAUUAGUAGACAAGUUGAUGAUGAUUCGAACAAGUGUAGUAGUACCAAGAAGGAGGGUUUGUCUGAUGCUCAAUUGAGAGCUUUUCGUCAGCGGUUAGACAAGUUUGAUUCAAACAUGGUAAAUUCUAACUUUCUGACAUGUUUUCAUCAAACAACUAUUAAUGAGACUUUAUUCAUGUAUUUACUUCAUUUCUUGCAAGUUGUUUGGCUACCUUAUGGUACAGUGCCAGCCUCAGAUGUUCCUAGGACUGUAUUUACUGGAUGGCUUCGUUAUCAAGAUGUCAUUGAGCCGUACAUGCCAAAUCGUGUCUUACGCCAGUUUGGUUAUGUACAAACGUUUCCUAUGCCUAUUAACUGCCUAGAUUUUGCGUACAGGCCUGCAGAUUCGAAAUUGUAUAAAGUUAAGUGGAAUGUCUCGAGUGUAGAGAAUGCUUGGACCUUGUAUCCUAGAGAUUUCUGGUUGAUUCUUGCAGAGUUCCAGCGUGCUCAACAUUCCUCUGAUGUUGCAGAUGGGUAUUAUGAUUGGUUCACUGACGUUUCACAUAUCUUUGUUGUUCCAGCAGCGGAUGCGGUGUUCCCUGCAAUUCCUGAUAGGACACUCCACUACAAGCACUACUAGAAAUAGGUCGAUUUCCGACGGACAUGAAUUUCCGUCGGAAAAAUUAGAAAUUCUGACGAUUUUUUUAUUCCGUAGGAAAUUUCCGACGGAAUAUUUAUCCGUACAAAAAUAAAGGAUUUCUGACGGAUUAUUCCGCCGGAACGAUAAACUUCCAACGAAAAUAAAAUCCGUCGGAAUCUUCCGACGGAUUUUUCCAUCGGAAUCUUCCGACGGAUUUUUCCAUCGGAACUUCAAACUUCCUA